GCAGAUCAUCUGAACUUCAAACAAGGUACUAUUAUUGACAACAGUACAGACAGCAGUAGAGCAUACAGUAAACAACGUGUUUUUGUUUCGCCAGUGAGUAACCAUUUCAGAGACCUUGAACAGGAGUACUACAGGGAAAAGCACAAAAACAGAAUGAUCGUUUUUACGGCAGGACUGACGCUAGUCUUGAUUCUAGUCAAUAUUGGAUACAUAAGGUAA